CUCUCUACACUAUGGCUGAGACAAAGGGGGCAUUUGAUUUUGCAAUCGACCGGGGUGGCACCUUCACCGAUGUGUUUGCCCGACUGCCUGAUGGUCGAGAGAGAGUCCUUAAACUGCUGUCCCGGGACCCCCAGAACUACAAAGAUGCUCCCACUGAGGGGAUACGCAGAGUCCUGGAGGAGGAAACAGGCCGGGUCUUUCCUCGUGACCAGCCUGUCGACACCUCUCUGAUUGGCUGGAUCAGAAUGGGCACGACUGUGGCAACCAACGCACUGCUGGAGAGGGAGGGAGAAAGGACCGCGCUCUUGGUCACACAGGGCUUCAAGGACUUGUUGCACAUUGGCACACAGGCCAGACCAAAACUGUUUGACUUGGAGGUCGCUGUUCCUGAAGUGCUCUAUGAAGAGGUGAUCGAGGUGGAUGAGCGAGUUGUGCUAAUGCAAGAGGGCUGCCAGCUCCCGAAGAAAGGUCCAAAACGUGUUGUCACAGGCAGCACAGGAGAUUCCCUGGAGGUGUGGAGGGAGCUGGAUCUGGACAAAGUGGAGAAAGACCUGAGAGGAGUUCUGUCUCGCGGGAUCACCAGCCUGGCUGUACUUCUGCUGCACUCGUACACAUGGUCCGAUCACGAGAAAGCUCUAGGCGCCCUAGCGCGUCGUCUGGGCUUCACCCAGGUGUCUCUGUCCAGCGAGGUCAUGCCUAUGGUGCGGGCAGUGCCUCGGGGAUACACUGUCUGUGCGGAUGCCUACCUCACACCCAAAAUCCAUCAGUAUUUAAAAGGCUUUACCUCUGGGUUCAAGAGUGGCCUGAAGGAUGUGGACGUUCUCUUCAUGCAGUCCGAUGGCGGUCUGACUCCAAUGGAGCAGUUCUGCGGCUCUCGGGCCGUUCUUUCCGGCCCAGCGGGAGGUGUGGUGGGAUACGCCAUCACAUCUUACAGCCAGAAGGAGAAAAAACCUGUGAUUGGUUUUGACAUGGGCGGAACAUCCACUGAUGUAAGUCGUUAUGCAGGCCAGUAUGAACACGUGUUUGAGGCUACCACAGCUGGAGUCACCCUGCAAGCUCCUCAGCUGGACAUCAACACUGUGGCUGCAGGUGGAGGAUCACGACUCUUCUUCAGAUCAGGAAUGUUUGUGGUCGGACCAGAGUCUGCUGGUGCACAUCCAGGACCAUCCUGUUACAGAAAAGGUGGUCCUCUGACUGUAACAGAUGCUAACUUAGCCCUGGGUCGGCUGCUCCCCUCCUUCUUCCCAAAGAUCUUUGGGCCAGGAGAGAACGAACCGCUGUCAUUGGAAGAAACCAUGAAGCAUUUCCACCAACUGACCCAGGAGAUCAACCUCUUCUUGUCUUCUAAACAAUCUCAGGGUAACACGAAUGGUGCCAAUCACUCGGACAACCAAUCAUCAGAGAUGAGUGUUGAGGAGGUUGCUAUGGGAUUCAUUCGGGUUGCCAAUGAGGCCAUGUGUCGGCCAAUCAGAGCUCUGACACAGGCUAAGGGCCAUGACACAUCUCAGCACGUGUUGGCAUGUUUCGGUGGUGCAGGUGGUCAACAUGCCUGUGCUAUUGCCCGAGCCCUGGGAAUGAAGACUGUCUUUAUACAUAAAUACAGUGGCGUGUUGUCAGCCUAUGGUCUGGCUCUGGCUGACGUGGUGGAGGAGGUGCAGGAGCCAUGCUCGCUGACGUACGAGCAGAACUCUUUCAAGGAACUGGAUCAGAGGGUAGAGCGUCUCUCAAAACGUUGCCACGAUACACUCUGUGCACGUGGAUUCACCAGUGGUCAGAUCACCACUGAGGUUUUCCUCCAUCUGCGGUACAAGGGCACUGACUGCGCUCUCAUGGUAACUGCUACCGGUUACCCCAGCAACACCCAGUCCUGUCGAGCUGGAGACUUCUGCAGCGCCUUCACUAAGCGUUAUCUGAAGGAGUUUGGAUUCACUAUCCCGGACAGACCCAUCAUGGUUGAUGACAUCAGAGUGAGGGGUUGUGGGAAAUCUGGUAUCAAAUCAGUGUAUAAAACGACGACAGGACAUGGACAGGCCAAACCAGUCACGAAGACCAAGUGUUACUUUGAGGAAGGUUACCUGGACACAUGUGUGUAUCUGUGGGAGGAGCUGCUCUGUGGUCCCAGCAUCCAGGGACCGGCCAUCAUCAUUGACAAAAACAGUACCAUCCUCGUGGAGCCGUGCUGUGAGGCCCGUCUGACAGAAGGGGGCGACGUUUGUAUGACUGUGGGCUCUGACCCUCACUGUGUCCUCGGCACUGAGCUCAACACCGUGCAGCUCUCCAUCUUCUCCCACCGCUUCAUGAGCAUAGCAGAACAAAUGGGCCGAGUUCUCCAGAGAACCUCCAUCUCCACCAACAUAAAGGAGCGACUCGACUUCUCCUGUGCUGUGUUCGGACCAGACGGAGGUUUAGUGUCCAAUGCUCCACACAUCCCUGUACACCUGGGCGCCAUGCAAGAGACCGUCCAGUACCAGAUCAAGUCUUUGGGGAACAAGCUGAAAGAAGGCGAUGUUAUCCUGAGUAACCACCCUUGUGCCGGGGGCAGCCACCUCCCAGACCUCACAGUUAUCACACCGGUGUUUAGGAAGGGGGUGAGUUGUCCGGUGUUCUUUGUAGCCAGCAGGGGGCACCAUGCAGACAUCGGAGGCAUAACUCCAGGCUCCAUGCCCCCCCACUCUACCUCCCUGCAGCAGGAGGGGGCCGUCUUCACUUCCUUUAAACUCGUCACUGGUGGCGUCUUCCAGGAAGAAGCGGUAACUGAAGCUUUGAUGGCUCCGGCCCAGUACCCAGACUGCUCUGGGACUCGUAAUCUCCAUGACAACCUGUCAGACCUGCGGGCUCAGGUGGCAGCCAAUCAGAGAGGCAGCCAGCUGGUUGGGGAGUUGAUUGACAGCUACGGGUUAGCUGUUGUUCAGGCUUAUAUGGGAUACAUUCAGAGUAAUGCAGAGCUGGCAGUGAGGGACAUGCUGAGAGACUUUGCACGUCGUCGCGGGCAACAGACUGGCUCCUUGGAGGUGGAGUCUGAGGAUUUCAUGGAUGAUGGGACCCCAAUAAGACUGCGGGUUCAGAUUAAUGAGGAGAAGGGCAGUGCAGUGUUUGACUUCACAGGGACGGGCACAGAGGUGUGGGGGAACUGCAACGCUCCACGUGCCAUCACCCUCUCUGCCCUCAUCUACUGCCUGCGCUGCAUGGUCGGACAGGACAUCCCCCUCAACCAGGGCUGUCUUGCACCAAUCAAAGUCAUCGUCCCCCCCGGCUCGAUCCUCCAGCCCUCCAAGAAUGCAGCUGUGGUUGGAGGAAAUGUGCUCACGUCCCAGAGGGUGGUUGACGUCAUCUUUAGGGCGUUUGAGGUGUGCGCUGCUUCGCAGGGCUGCAUGAACAACAUUUCAUUUGGCAGUGAGAGCGUAGGUUAUUAUGAGACGGUUGCUGGGGGAGCAGGGGCGGGGCCAAGCUGGACUGGGCGGAGUGGAGUUCACAGUCACAUGACCAACACCCGAAUCACUGACCCGGAGAUUUUGGAGAAGAGAUAUCCGGUCAUUUUAGAGCAGUUUUCUCUGCGGCCCGGCUCAGGAGGAGCUGGAAAUUACUGCGGUGGAGAUGGAGUGAUACGGAAACUUAUGUUCAGGAGCAAAGUGGUGUUAUCUGUUCUGACAGAAAGGCGCUCCACCCGCCCCUACGGCCUGCAGGGGGGUGAGGACGGAGCAGCAGGGAUGAAUCUGCUUCACAGAGCAGACGGUCGAGUCCUUAACCUGGGAGCCAAAACCAGCAUCAGCCUUCAGCCUGGGGACAUGUUCUGCCUCUACACUCCUGGAGGAGGGGGGUAUGGAAGAGAGGAGGACACAAACAAGAGACCCCAGACAAAGCGUAGGCGCUUGAAUGAGACAUUCCCUGAGAGAGGCAGCGUCUUCGAAUACAGGAUGGCCCAAGAAGGAGUGUGAAGGGAAACAGAGAGAGAGAGAGAGAGAGAGGACAGAAAAGUGAGAGGAGGAGAAGGAAAAAAGGUGGGGCGAUUACAGGAUCUCAAGCGGAGAAAGGGAUCCAUAAGAGAGAGUGAGAAAGAGGUACUUUGACAAAGAUGGAAACAAUAGGUGCUAAUUAGAGUUUUAUCACUUUACUGUGAGAUAUAAAUAAAGCACACGUCAUAAAGGAAACACUUAUAACCACAAGAUCCUUUUUUUGAAUACUUGAUGAUCAAUAAGACUUCCGUUAGGGACAAAGAAUAAGUUAAAGUUACACUCCACAUUUUAGCGGGAAUGUUACUCUUUAUUUAACGAGAGAAAACUACCGGUAACUAACCCUGAGCCAGUCAGAUUUUUGACACCAAAUUCGGUCUAUAUUUUUUAUUUUAUGUAGACCCAAACUUUUCUGUGUAAGGGGAAAGACACUUUUUAAUUUUGUGUGCAGAAAUAUUUUUCAGUUUUGUAUUUGUUUCGAUCUAGCUAUGUUUUAGACAAAAAAAACAGUAAGAAUGAGAUGCAGUUCUGUUUUAAACUGGAGUAACCACAUUAACCAAACAGAUAUUGUUUCUAUUUUACUGUAGUUGUUUUAAUAGUACAUACAAAUAAACUCCAUUUCUACUAA